AUUAAAAACAAAAUGACAUAUAUAAAUUAGGCUAUGUUUGUGAAUAAUAAACAUGUAAAAUGGAUAAUUUUUUAAAAUGCCAUCAAAUGACAAAAACAUAGUUCACACUUGGAUGAGACCACCUCAAAUUGAGCCAGCAUUAUCAUCUUCAAUAUUCAAUCAUCAAUCGAAAUAUAUUAUGAAUAAAAAUUUAACCAAUAAAAUUGUCAUUGAUAAAAAUAUCAUUGAUGAUAUAAAUUACAUAAACAGUAAUGAUGAUAAAAGUAAUUUAAAAAAAAUAAAUUUUGGUAUUAAUUUGAGUGGAAAUAUUGAUUGGUGCAUGCUUGCAAGUUUUGGAUUUGGUCUUUGGAUAGCUCUUUGUAUAAGUGAUUGUACUGGUAGUAGAAAAUUCAACAAAGUCAGGUUUAAUGAUGAUUUAUCAACUAAUUAUCAUGAUACCAAUCAUCAGAAUCAAAGUGUAAUUAAUCUUCUGCCAUGUGUGUGCAGUAUUUUAACCCUUUUUUUGGGCAUUUUCAUGUUCAUUGAAACACGAAUACUGAGACAAAAAAAAACUUGUUUUUCAUGUCAAAGAUUGUUGCUGAAUUGUAAUGGAGAAAAUUUAUUAAUGCAGUUACUUAAACAAUUACCUCAAUUUUAUAAAAAUAAAAGCUCAAAAUUUGACUUGAAUGAUUUGAAGAUUGAGACAAUUAAUAAAAUACCAAUUAAUUCAGAAUUAUAUAGACAUUUGAAUUUUAUGAAUACCAUUAAUUAUUCACUAUAA